GUUAGAGAGAGAGAGUGAGAGAGUGUUUGGGUGUUUCUGCUUGUCUCCAAUAUCUCUCUCUUCAACUUUCAUCUUCAUUUACAGAAACAAACACUACACUCAGAUUAUAAUAGUUCUGAAAAUUGAUUAAAAAUCUUGGGUUGGCCCUGACUGCAAUAUAAUAAUGCCAGUACAGAUUGUGAGUUGUUUUUUGUCCAUCUGUUACGCUUUUCUUGGAUGACUCUCUCCAGCCUCGAAAUCUCGUCGUUUUCUGCUUCUUCUCAACUUCUGUCACUGUUUCCUGCUCUUUCUUUUCUCUCACUCUGUUUCACAUAUAAACAAAACAAAACAAAACACUCACUUCAGCCAUUUCUGUUUCUCUGGGUCUCUCUCUUCCUCAUUUCAACUUUUCCCGCUCAUUCAACAUUAUGAAUAUCAAAAUGGUGUAUUGAAUUUCUCUCAUUUUCUUGAAGAAAGAUGAAUACCAGAGUCCGCGCCAAUCUUCAGACCAUGAAAGCUGCUUCAAAUAAUGAUAAAAAGGAGAAGAUGGAGACUCAGAGGAAGAACAGAGUGAUGGGUUCUGAGAGAACUGGAAUCAAUCGACGUAAAUCAAAUAGAGAAAGAAAAGUGGCCUUACUGCAAGAUGUUGAUAAGCUGAAGAAGAAGCUCAGGCAUGAAGAAAAUGUUCAUAGAGCUUUGGAGAGAGCUUUCACAAGACCAUUAGGAGCUUUGCCUCGUCUUCCUCCUUAUCUUCCUCCAUAUACAUUAGAACUUCUGGCUGAAGUAGCUGUUUUAGAAGAGGAGGUUGUUAGGCUUGAAGAACAAGUUGUGAAUUUUAGACAAGGUCUAUACCAGCAAGCUGUGUAUCUAUCUUCAAAGAGGAAUGUGGAAAAUUUGAGUGAGUCUCCAAUUGAGCAGACCACCCCAAUUAGAAGUUCUAAGCAUCAGAGAUCAAAAUCUAUGUCACAUAAUGAGUUCACAUCAGCAAUAUCAGCCACCAGGCUUAGUCAACCUUCUCUUGGUAGAAGUGCUUCUAGUCGAAAGCUACUGUCCACUGAUAUCGUCUCCGGGAAUUGCUCAAGUAGGCAAGUCAUUAAUGGAAAACAAAUCACCAGGAAGCCCAUUUCAUCCUGCACACCUAUUUUAGAAGAUGUGAGAGGGAAAGAGAAUCAGUUGUGUACUAAUGUGGUGAGGGAUAAGCAAUCACCUGACAAGAAAAUUGCCAAAACUGUAUCCACACCAGUGAAGAAAACUCCCACUAAACAUGAAUCCAUGCCGAAGUGUUUGGAUCCUUUGAAGUUAGAGCUAGAGUGCAGAUUAGUAGACCAGGAAAAGGCACAUGAGAGUCCGUCCCGUUCUUCAGAUGAUAGGACAAUGGAGACAGAUAACACUCCGAAUAAAGUAUCUGAGGAGAUUGUGAAGUGCUUGUCUAGCAUUUUUGUGAGGAUGAGCACUUUAAAGGAUAAAGUAGAGGAAUUGGAGAAUGGAGAGACGGGGUUUCGAGAUCCUUAUGAGAUUGGUUUAGAAUCGAGAAAAAUAGAUGUUAGUCCCUAUCAACAUCUGAGUUCAAUUGGUAUUGGUUCAAUUGAUCUCAACAGAACAGCAAGUGCAUUGAUGCUGAUACACAGACUAAAGUUUCUACUUGGAAAGCUUGCUUCUGUGAACCUAGAGGGUCUAACCCAUCAAGAGAAGCUUGCAUUUUGGAUCAACACUUACAAUUCCUGCAUGAUGAAGGCUUUUCUAGAGCAUGGGAUACCUGAGACUCCUGAAAUGGUUGUAGCACUAAUGCAAAAGGCAACAAUAGCUGUUGGGGGACAUUCUCUGAAUCCAAUUACAAUUGAGCAUUUCAUUUUGAGAUUGCCUUAUCACUUAAAAUUUACAUGCCCAAAAGCUGCGAAAAAUGAUGAGAUGAAAGCUCGCAGCAUAUUUGGAUUAGAGUGGUCUGAACCCUUGGUUACAUUUGCACUUUCUUGUGGAAGCUGGUCCUCUCCUGCUGUGAGGGUGUACUCUGCAACUCAUGUCGAAGAUGAGUUAGAAGCAGCGAAAAGGGACUAUUUACAGGCAGCAGUUGGAAUUUCAAGUGCAAACAAGUUGAUAAUCCCCAAGCUAUUGGAUUGGUAUCUACUUGACUUUGCAAAGGAUUUGGAAUCAUUGGUUGAUUGGAUUUGCAUGCAGCUACCAAAUGAAUUGAGAAAUGAGGCAGUUAAAAGCCUUGAAAGAAGGGGAAGAGAGCCUUUUUCACAGUUGGUGCAAAUAAUGCCAUACAAUUUCAGCUUCAGGCUGCUCUUACAGCGAUGAGACAUUUUAUCUCUUUUUUUUUUCCUUUGAUUCUUUAGUUUGCAUAGUAAACAUUGGAUAUGGUGGGUUUGUAUAUCGAUAUAGUAAACAAUGUGCAGGUACAUAUAUGCAAGAACUUGUGGGAAGAUUGGUUUUCUCCCACAUUGGUUUUGACUCUUUGUUCACUAAAACUGGGGGGAAGAAUUUGAAGAUGGCAGAUCUUAGUCACUAAAUCUGUCUUUCUUUUUGUUAAUUUUUUCAAGCUCAGUGAACCAUAAUUGUUGAGUGGUUCAAGAAUGUGGGUGCCAUUCUUUGUGGUCACCAAUUUUUAUUUGAUUAGAAAAAUGUAUCAACAAACAAAAAGUCAUUUGUAAAUUUAAAAGGAAAAAAAAAAGUGAACUACUGAUGCAGACGAAA